CGUUUAUUGUUUCAAUCGUAAGCUCUGAGACAUUGUUCACUUUCCGCUUACAAUUUGCUGUGUCUGCACCGAUAAGUUCGUGGCAGUUUAGGGAAUUCUAGGGUUUGAUUCCCUUUUGCUUGAAUUCAAUGGGGGCUAAGGCGAAGAAAGCUAUGAAGAAGAAACUCAGUAAGGCUACUUCUCUGAUAUCCAACCAGACGGAAUCUGCCGAUUUCUUGCCAUUGGAGGGUGGUCCUGGGCGUAAGUUACCGGCCCAAAAGCCAUUGGAAAGUACUGCUACUGUUCUUUACAUUGCUCGCAUACCCCAUGGUUUCUUCGAGAAGGAGAUGGAAGGGUUUUUCGGACAGUUUGGGAAAGUCAAAAGAUUAAGAAUUGCACGGAAUAAAAAAACUGGGAAAUCGAAGCAUUUUGGCUACAUUGAGUUCGAUUCUCCAGAGGUGGCAAAAAUUGUAGCUGAUUCUAUGCAUAACUAUUUGUUGUACGAACACAUUCUGAAAGUUCAUCUAAUUGCUCCCGAACAUGUUCAUCCUAAACUAUGGAAAGGUUUUAACUAUCGCCACAUUCCCUUAAACUGGUCUGAACUUGAACGUAAAAGGCAUAACAAGGAAAGGACAUUGGGUGAGCACAGGAAGUUGGUGGAGAGGAUCUUGAAGCGGAAUCAGGCUAGACAGAAGAGGAUAAGAGCUGCUAGGAUUGAUUACGAGUGCCCAGAAAUUGUGGGUAGCGUCCAACCAACUCCCAAGAAGAUCAAGUUUGAUGAAGAUUAGAACGAGCGUGGAGUUCAUUAAAGCUAUAAUAGUGUCAUAAUAGAGAGGAAGGAUGGAAGAAUGAUGAGCCAGCCAUUGCAUCUUUCCAAUUUCUUAUAUGCUCUGGGAGGUAACCUUCUUGAAUCUCCAAAUUUUGAUCUUUGAUGAAAUUUUGUGUUGAACCCUUUUGUUUCUAAGAAACAGGAACUGGAAUAGUAUAUUGUAUGAUGCCUAUAAAUGAUAAUCUUUAAAGUAGUUUAGCCAUUA